UCAAAAUGAGUGUAGAUCAGAAUCCCCGAGGCCAAAACCUAGAUGAGGAAUUAUCGAUUUCGUGUGAAUGAAAUCGACGUCAAAUUAUCCAGAAAUCAAUCAUCAACAGCAGAGGAAGAGUACACAGCAACACAACAGCAAGUCAACAAGCAAUGCAACCACAAAACUUGUAUUAUUAACCACACAUACGCAUCUCAAUUUGUGAUGUUCCUUCUCCUUCUGUUUGGCGGCCGCCGCGUUCUAUUUCUUCUUCUUAGCAGAAGCCGCCUGCUUGAGCUGAUGAGUUUCGGAAUAUACUGAGGUAAUGAGUCUCGAACUUCGCAGCCCGUUUAUUGGGGUUCCGCUUAAUUGCACUACGUUUCAAGCACGGAACACUCGAGAUUAUGCUUAUCUUAGGGGAGCUGCGGGAAAGCCAUCCAGAAAUGGUCUAUCGUGUAAAUGUGCCAAAAAAGUUGAUUUUGUAUUCUAUGGUAACAAAUUGAAGCACUUUUGUGGGAGAAAUGCUGAGCUACUUUGGAACAAGUUGGAAUUGCAGAGUGGUCGAGUGAUCAGUUCCGUUAGGGAGCCAAUUGUGAGGAAUGAGAGACUUGUCAAAUUUGUGACUCCGCUAUGGGAAGAGGGUUUAUUUCUGUUCAGGUGCUCCGUCUUCUUUUCGGUGAUAUCUGGGGUGUGCUUAUUGGUUUGGUAUGGGCAGUCGAAAGCGAAGGUGUAUGUCGAGGCCAAUUUGCUGCCAUCGGUUUGUGCCCUGCUGAGCGAUCAUCUUCAGAGGGAGCUUGAUUUUGGUAAGGUUAGCAGAAUCUCGCCUUUAAGCAUUACUUUGGAGUCGUGCUCGAUUGGGCCUCACAGUGAAGAGUUCUCUUGUGGCGAGGUUCCCACUGUCAAGUUGCGUAUUCGUCCAUUUGCAAGCCUCAGGAGGGGGAAAAUAGUUAUUGAUGCUGUAUUGUCCAGUCCAAGUUUGUUGGUAGCACAGAAAAAGAACUAUACUUGGUUGGGAAUACCCUAUUUGGAAGGAGUACCACAGAGGCACUUGUCUGCUGAAGAGGGAAUUGAUCAUCGUACAAGAACUAGGAGACUUGCGAGGGAGGAAGCCAUGGUUCGUUGGGAAAGGGAAAGAGAUGAUGCAGCUAAAUUAUCUGCUGAGAAUGGUUAUAUCAUUUCGGAGUGUGAAUCUGUCCUGCCCGAGGAUGACUCUUUCAAGGAGCAUAUGGCUCGACCAACAAGGACAAGGCUAGGGACUCUCGAUACUUUCCCUUAUACAGAUGAGAAAUUGCAGUGGAGAGACCAUCACUGUAUGGAUGCUGGUGUGGAGUAUGAUAUGAAGCAUGCUGAUUUAGAGAGAUCAUUUGGUGCAAAAGUUUCAAGCCUUGAAAACAGCAUGUGGUCCAGGAUAAUGCCUGGAUCUAUGAGGCAUAAAUUCAAGAGGAAGGCCAAUUGUAGGGAUUUAUCUAUGAGUAAUAUUACUUCUAAAAGACGACUCCUUGAGUGCAGUGCAUUUGCAGCUCGUUCAUUUUUCAAAGGAAAAUCACUGGAAAACUCAGGAAGCUGUGCUAAUGGAUCUGUAUGCUUUGAUUCUCCUAGUAUGGAUUCUUCCACGAGAAGCAGUGAUGACUAUAGUGUUGGUGGUAGAAACGUUGAAGUUAUUGAAGAUUUACUGAUAAACAAGGAUGUGUUCGAGGCGGACUACAAACUGAAGACUGAUUUUGUUUCUAGAGUAAUUUUAGAAAUUCCAUCUAGGAAUCAGAUGGAUAGAGCUCGAGAUCCAUUUCUCUUUACUUCGAAGAGACUUAGUAAAUUUACAAACUCCGGUGAUAAACUUUCAACAGUAAAAAAUGUUAGAGGAAUAAGAACCACCAACAAUUGUGAAACAGUUAAUGAAUAUUUUGAAAGAGAUGAUACAAUCCAUGCUGAUGUCAGAUUUGGCAAGAAGGUGAAGAAUGUUGAAGGUGACAUUUCAGAUACUCAAGGCUUUGGUGCCUCUGAUAGUUCUACUAUUACUGAAGUUGAUUCUUCAAGUUCAUCUAGCAUUUUGGGAAAAGUUGCACCAAUGGGUUUACAAUCGGGCCUGUCCCCUGCCCUUAAAAACAUUGCUUACGUGUGGUCUCUUAUACUUGACAAUCCUUGGCAAAGGCUGAAGUCGGAGAUCAAAGAGGGAUUUGAACAAAUACCCACAGAAAUAGUCGACGAGAUGGGUGAAGUAAAUACUUCAGGCAUAGAGAAAAUGAUUCCUGUAGUCCUUGACUCGGUACAUUUUAAAGGCGGCACUCUUAUGCUGCUUGCAUAUGGUGAUGCAGAACCAAGAGAAAUGGAAGUUUCCAGUGGGCAUGUGAAGUUUCAGAAUCACUACGGGCGUGUACAUGUGCAGCUUAGUGGAAAUUGUAAGAUGUGGAGAUCAGAUUUUAUGUCAGAAGACGGUGGAUGGUUGUCCACUGAUGUUUACGUUGAUAUCACUGAACAGAAAUGGCAUGCCAAUUUGAAAAUUGCAAAUCUCUUUGUUCCACUUUUUGAGCGGAUAUUAGACCUUCCGAUUUCAUGGUCUAAAGGAAGAGCUAGUGGCGAGAUUCACAUAUGCAUGUCAAGAGGAGAAAGCUUGCCUAAUCUUCAUGGUCAACUUGAUGUGACAGGGUUGGCCUUUCACAUAUAUGAUGCUCCAUCAGCAUUUUCUGAUGUUUAUGCAAGCUUGUUUUUCCGAGCCCAGCGGAUAUUUUUGCAUAAUGCCAGGGGAUGGUUUGGUGAUAUUCCAUUAGAAGCAUCUGGGGAUUUCGGCAUUGAUCCAGAGCAAGGGGAAUAUCAUGUAAUGUGUCAGGUUCCAUCAGUAGAAGUAAAUGGUUUAAUGAAAACAUUCAAGAUGAAGCCGCUGUUGUUUCCGCUGGCAGGAUCAGUAACAUCUGUGUUCAACUGUCAAGGCCCAUUGGAUGCUCCUGUUUUUGUUGGGAGUGCAUUGGUCUCGAGGAAAAUUAUUCAUUUAUCUGCCGAUUCUCCCCAAUCAGCUGCAUAUGAGGCAAUGGUGAUUAAUAAAGAGGCUGGAGCAGUUGCAGCUAUUGAUCAUGUUCCACUCUCCUAUGUUUCUGCCAAUUUUACCUUUAACACUGAUAAUUGUGUCGCUGAUCUGUAUGGAAUCAGAGCUACACUUGUUGAUGGUGGUGAGAUUCGUGGAGCUGGGAAUGCAUGGAUUUGUCCUGAGGGUGAGGUUGAUGAGACAGCAAUGGAUAUUAACUUUUCAGGAAACUUGUGCUUUGACAAAAUUGUGCAUCGCUAUAUACCUGGUUACCUCCAAACUAUGCCAUUUAAGUUAGGGGAUCUGAAUGGAGAAACAAAAGUUUCUGGCUCAUUGUUAAGACCGAGAUUUGAUAUCAAAUGGAUUGCUCCGAAAGCGGAGGGGUCACUUUCCGACGCCCGUGGAGAUGUGAUUAUCUCACACGAUCACAUCUGUGUUAGUUCUUCAUCUGCUGCUUUUGAGUUGUACACAAGAGUGCUAACAUCAUAUCCUGAUGAAAACCAGUUAUGCUGGAGAAAGAAAGUGGUUAACAUGCCUUUCUCUGUGGAAGGAGUUGAAUUAGAUCUACGGAUGCAGAAUUUUGAAUUUUGCAACUUGGUUUCUUCCUAUACAUUUGAUUCUUUGAGGCCCAUUCAUUUGAAAGCAACUGGAAAAAUUAAGUUUCAAGGGAAGGUCAACAAGAAUUCCCACAGCCAAGUUUCGCAGUCUGAUACAAACUCAGAAAUGAUACCAAAGGAAGGUGAUGAUAAUGAAAAAAGUAUUUCUGGUGAUAUUUCAAUCUCAGGUCUAAAACUCAAUCAAUUGAUGUUGGCUCCUCAACUAGCUGGAGUGCUCAAUAUAACAUCUAAGGGUAUGAAGUUGGAUGCUACUGGUCGGCCAGAUGAAAGCCUUGCAGUUGAAAUUGUAGGACCUUUGCAAUCCACUUCUGAAGACAAUCUUGCGGGAAAAUUGCUCUCUUUUUCUUUGCAGAAAGGUCACCUGAAAGCUAAUGCCUGUUAUCGACCACUGCACUCAACUACCUUAGAGGUUCGCCAUUUGCCACUGGAUGAGCUGGAGCUAGCAUCACUCCGUGGAGCAAUUUCAAGAGCCGAGCUGCAGUUAAAUUUUCAAAAACGAAGGGGACAUGGCGUAUUAUCUGUUCUUCGCCCAAAAUUCAGUGGUGUGUUGGGUGAAGCUCUAGAUGUGGCUGCCAGAUGGAGUGGGGAUGUGAUCACAGUUGAACAAGCAAUCUUGGAGCAGAGCAAUAGCAAAUAUGAACUGCAAGGGGAGUAUGUAUUGCCUGGUUCCCGCGACCGAAACCCGGCUGGAAAGGAAAAAGGCAGCCUGUUUCAGAAAGUAAUGACCGGUCAUCUUGGGAGUAUGAUCUCUUCUAUGGGUAGAUGGAGAAUGAGAUUAGAGGUCCCUAAUGCUGAGAUUGCUGAGAUGCUUCCGCUUGCUAGGCUUCUUUCUCGAAGUUCAGAUCCUGCUGUUCAAUCUAGAUCGAAGGAUCUUUUCAUACAAAGUUUGCAAUCAGUUGGAAUAUGUGCCGAAAAUCUUAAAAAACUGCUCGAGGAAUUUCAUGGUCAUUGUGCCACAUCGUAUGAAGUUGUACUGGACGAUUUCGACCUUCCCGGUUUAGCUGAACUUAAAGGUCGCUGGCGUGGCUCUCUGGAUGCAAGCGGGGGAGGCAAUGGGGAUACAAUGGCUGAUUUUGACUUUCAUGGAGAGGAAUGGGAGUGGGGAACAUAUAAUACCCAGCGUAUUCUAGCAGCUGGUAUGUACAGCAACACUGAUGGUUUGCGUCUUGAGAAAAUGUUCAUCCAGAGGGACAAUGCCACGGUUCAUGCAGAUGGAACGCUAUUGGGCCCUAAGACAAAUUUGCAUUUUGCUGUUCUAAAUUUUCCUGUCAGCUUGCUUCCAACUUUUCUUCAGGUUAUCGAGAAUUCAGCUACCGAAGCUGUUCAAUCUCUUAGGCAGUUAUUAGCACCGAUCAGGGGUAUCCUUCACAUGGAAGGUGAUCUUAAAGGCAAUCUUGCAAAACCGGAAUGUGAUGUCCAAGUAAGGCUCCUGGAUGGGGCAGUUGGGGGAAUCGAACUUGGGAGGGCUGAAGUUGUGGCAUCUCUAACCCCAACCACCCGCUUCCUAUUUAAUGCUAAAUUUGAACCCAUUGUUCAAAAUGGCCAUGUACAUAUUCAAGGAAGCAUUCCUCUAUCUCUUGUACAUAGCAAUAUGCUGGAGGAAGAAAGUGCGGAAAGGGAUAGAAAUGAAGCCUCAUGGAUGCGAGAUUGGGACAAGGAGAGAAAUAAAGCAUCUGGUGAUGAGCAGAAUGAUCGAAAGGGAUCCAGAGAUAAAAGUCAGGAAGUUUGGGAUACGCAAUUGGCAGAAAGCCUCAGAGGUUUAAACUGGAACUUGCUGGAUGCAGGAGAAGUUAGGAUAGAUGCUGAUAUCAAAGAUGGUGGCAUGAUGUUGCUUACAGCUUUAUCACCUUAUGCUAAUUGGCUCCAUGGCAAUGCUGAAGUUAUGCUUCAGGUAAGAGGCACUGUAGAACAACCGUUACUGGAUGGCUCUGCCUAUUUUCACAGGGCAACUGUGUCUUCACCUGUGCUCCGGAAACCAGUCACCAAUUUUGGAGGAACAGUGCUUGUAAAUUCAAAUAGAUUGCGAAUUCACUCAUUGGAAGGUAAAGUUAGCAGAAAGGGGAAAUUGUCACUAAAAGGGAAUCUUCCGUUACGUACAAGUGAAGCAUCUAUCGGUGAUGGACUUGACCUAAAAUGUGAGGUUCUGGAAGUGCGUGCUAGGAAUGUCUUGAGUAGUCAGGUGGACUCUCAGUUGCAAAUAUCUGGGUCAAUUAUGCAACCAAACAUAUCUGGAAAGAUAAAGAUAAGCCAAGGAGAAGUUUAUCUGCCACAUGACAAGGGUAGUGGAACUGCACCGUUCAUUAAUGAUACAGUAAAUGAACCAAGGCCUCCAGCUGGUGCAUAUGGUCGCAUGGUUGCUACAAAAUAUGUUUCACGUUUUCUCAACCUAAUACCAGCAUCAUUAAAUAACCCUUUCCAGCUUUCACCUGCCGAACAUGAUGAAGCUGAAAAGGAGAUGGUGCAGGUAAAUGGUAAGCCGAAGCUAGAUAUUCGCCUUUCGGACUUGAGGAUUGCUCUUGGGCCUGAGUUGAGGAUAGUUUAUCCUUUGAUACUUAAUUUUGCUAUUAGUGGAGAGCUUGAAUUAAAUGGUCCAGCUCAUCCAAAAUGGAUUAAACCAAAAGGGGCUUUAACAUUUGAGAAUGGUGAUGUGAAUCUUGUCGCAACUCAGGUGAGGCUUAAGAGAGAGCAUCUUAACGUAGCAAAAUUUGAGCCUGACAAUGGACUUGAUCCUGCGUUGGAUCUAGCCCUGGUAGGAUCAGAGUGGCAGUUUAGAAUUCAAAGUCGAGCUAGCAAGUGGCAGGAAAAACUGGUGGUGACUUCAACACGUUCAGUGGAGCAAGAUCUCCUUUCAACAACUGAGGCUGCUAGAGUCUUUGAGAGUCAAUUAGCUGAAUCAAUAUUGGAAGGUGACGGCCAGCUUGCUUUCAAGAAGCUUGCUACUGCAACGCUCGAGACAUUAAUGCCAAGGAUAGAGGGCAAGGGAGAAUUUGGACAUGCACGAUGGAGACUGGUGUAUUCUCCUCAGAUUCCCAGCCUGCUCUCAGUUGACCCCACAGUCGAUCCUCUUAGGUCUCUAGCUAGCAACAUCUCGUUUGGAACGGAAGUUGAAAUUCAGCUUGGAAAGCGUCUUCAGGCCUCUGUUGUAAGGCAGAUGAAAGAUUCGGAGAUGGCUAUGCAGUGGACGUUGAUCUACCAGCUGACAAGCCGUCUACGGGUACUGCUACAGUCGGCUCCAUCCAAACGUCUUCUGUUUGAAUAUUCUACAGCUUCACAGGACUAGGAUAAUACUCCAUUAUACCAUAGAAUUUAGCUAGGUAGGGGAAGUAGGCCUUCAGUUCCAAAGCUGAUGAAUGUGCAUGAAUAGUCUUAUUCUUUGACAGUGUAUAUUCAUUUCUUGUAAAUAUUGAUUCUUUGCUCAAAUGAAAUGAAUUCAUAUAUUUAUAGGUUCCAAA